AUGGCAUCGGCAGCAAGAUCCCGCCUCCCCCUUGCCCUGGGCGUCUUUACAGUCGUCGGGGGCGGCCUAUACUGGCAGACGGCCGGCGGACGACAGCAACCCAAGAGUCGCGACGAUGGUAACGCCAAAGUCUCGAGCACAUUGCAACAGAUAGCUGGCACCGGCGGCCCUGGUGCCCGCAGCCAAGGCGACAUGCAGCACGACACAAAAGACACUCGCAUCUUCUCGUCGUCGUCGGACGUGCGCAGCAAGCGCAACCCUGACAAGGAACGCACGGGCGAAAAGUCGCAGGCGGCGGUCCUCGAAGAUGCGGCAGGCGAUUCCAAGACGGCGGGCCUUGGUGGAGGCGGAUCCGGCAAGGGCUCGUCGUCAUCUUCCUCGUCAUCCUCCAAGAGUGGAGACCAUGGCAGCGACAAUAAGAUGGAGGGUAGGCCCAAGAGGGAGAGCGAAGGACUGGCAUGGACCAAGUCGGGUCAGUCGCCCAAGGAUGGCGGCUCACAGUCAAUCAAGGAGGACAAGCCCAUCUCGCAAAAGGAACGGGAGCAGCGCGCGUCGUUUUCGCCUGCUGGAGGCGGGGCCAAGACCGGGACUCCAAAGGAAAAGGAUUCUUCGUCUAUCCCUCAGGGAAAGAAUUUUGCAGAGCCGAACCGGGCAUGA